AUGGCCUCAUUUAACACGAACUGUAAUUUCUCUUUUCUUUCUUUUGGUUUAUUUUGUUCUUUUCAUCAUUUGCUAUAUCAGUCACUACGCCAAGCGACAGAGGUUAAGGCUACUAAUGCUUCGUUGGACAUAAUGGCUUCAGUGAGUGCCGAAGUUGGCGCUGAGCUACUGGCUGAAGCUGGUAACCAGACUGACGGGCUUGGUGACGUAUCUUGUCCUUUCUGCAGUCGUGUCUUUGCUUCCACAUCGUCGAUGCGUAUACAUGCUAGCUUAAAACAUUGGCGAGCAGCGCGUCCCGCUGCUACCAUUCAACAACCAGGUUUAGUCAGUGUUGGCUUUGGUCCUACUGGACAACUGGGUCACUUUUCCGCAUUGUCCGCUGCAGCGGCAGCAGCGGCUGCCGCUGCCUCUGCUGCCGCUGCCACUUGCCAGCAACAGCCACUGCAACAUGAAGGCCGAUUCAUCAUUACUUCUGCUAACUCUGCUGCGGCUGCAGUCGUCGCUCGUCAAAGUCAUCUAAUGCAGCUACAGCAGCAACAACCUUCACAGCAGAUAUCCAUUGACUUCGCCUCGGCCGGUCAUGGACUCGCGAACCUUGGCAUUGUUGGAACUAAUUCUGUUCCAGCCAUAUCAGGCCAAGUCGCCUCAGGAGGCAUCCUUCCGUUGGCAACUCCGACGGUAUACCCUUGUUUGCCAUGCCACAUUGGUUUCGGUCGGCGUCUUGGCUUGCGCGGCCACUUAGUCCGAGUACAUGGCAUUAGUCGCCGCUCAGUAGACUCGUACAUUGACUCAAUCAUCAGCCGAUCAGUAGGCCUCAGCUUGCCCAGCGGCGAGUUAGUACUCUCAGGUCAAACGCCUAGUGUUCUAGCGGCACCUGCUAUCUCUUGUUCAACCUCAACUUCUACUGCUUUUGCAAUCUCCGCUGCCUCCUCAUCUACUUCCUCCAUCUCAUCUCUAUCAUUGCCCAUUGAGUCUGGCAUCGUCGGUCUGGGUGCCAACGUUUUGGCUGGACUAAACGAUCCAGGGCCGCUACACUCUGUUCUGACUGGUUCUUUAUGUUCAGCAUCGGGCGGAGCAAUAAAUCAGGCUGUAGUUAGCGCAGCCACCACCACAGCUGCUUCUGCUGCCGUCUCUGCAUCUUUGGUUAUGGCUCUAAAUGAACUAGAGGCCACGGCGGCCACUUCGGCUGGGUCCCAAGCCGGCCUUAUUGCUGUGACAACCACGGAUGGUGAAAAUGGAAAUAGAGAAGUGAUGAGGUCAGGAGUUCCAUGUAGCGUAAUAGACGAAGCAACUAGUGUUGGCCUUCGGACCGCCGGGGUCAGCGACAUCCCUCCAUCUCCAAGUCGAGUUCCCAGGGCACUGGCCCACUAG